UCCCGUCAGCCAAUCAGAAGUCCGGACCUGGAUGGUGUGUUAUAUAUACACCAGCACGUGGGAACGUCGGUGUACUCUGACAGACUACAGAAAGGACGGUAGAUCCAAUACGCAUCAAGCUUUCCCAGUAUGGUCAAGUUCGAGAAAGUCAGGAUUACUCAGUUCCAGUACUUCUCCGUGAGUGUAAUCGUCAUCUUCAUCAGUUUCCUCCUCUUUCCCGUGCGCCGCCGGAUGGACACACAGACGGCAAUCGUAGGAAUGAUGCAUCUUGGGAGUUGGGCAGCGCAAUAUGGCGCACAGUUGUGGGUGACUCUUGUAGCAGGUCUGACGAUGUUCUACAAUCUCCCCCGGCACAUGUUCGGCCGGGUUCAGACACGCCUCUUCCCUAUGUUCUUCCUGUGGAGCCUCGUGACGUCAUCCAUCAUGUUGGGCACGUUCGUGCUGCAGCAUCCCCUGGACUCCAUGCAGAGAAGUCACGUCAUACAGAUUUCAAUGCUGAUCGCAGGCUUCGUAGCAGCGGCUCUGAAUUCCCUGAUUUUGGCGCCACUCAUUGUUCGCUCCAUGUUGGUGACAUUUGAAAUGGAGGUGGAGGCAGGUGUCGGUGACGUCAUAGGUUACGCCGAUAUGAAGGAAAUGAAGAAGAAUCCGGCGUACUUUACCGCCUACCGCACGUUCAGAAGGUGUCACGGAAUGAGCGGCUUGUUGACCUUGGUUGGCCUUGCGUCCAACACCGUGCAUCUGUACUACAUUACGUCGCAGUGUCUGCCGCUAUAACGUCGUCAAACCGUAGACGUCGCUGCUGGUGUGAGGACCUUUGUUGUGUUAGUGUUUUGAGAAAAGUGACUCACGACAAGGUUGUGAUAGAAUCUCUGACAGAUAUUUCUGUUCUUGUCACAGAGACUUUUCAAUGUGACUGUGUGCCUGUGGAUCUCAAGACGAAGCGUUACUUGGCGAACGGAUCAACUAUGAUGAUAUGAAUGGCAAUGUAGCGAACACUUGUGAUCAUGUCUCUGUGAUUUUUCGUAGUGGCUGUAUUCCUCUCACUUAACUAGAUCUGAACAUGUUCUGCUCAGUAAUAUUCCAUUUGAAAGUUAUGCAACGUACCCCCACCCCCACUAACUACCUCACUCACUGUAUAGAAACCAGGAACCUGUUAGGCAUUAAACCAUCGACGUAUUGUACAGAAUGUGCUAUUUAUCAUGUUAAUUUAUAUAUGAUGGAGAAUGUAUUAUUUACUGCUGCAUGUGUGCUUGCAACUGCAUUUAUCAUUCGUGGUAGCACAAGGUGUCUUACAAUAAAUGUCUCAUCAUUUUUAUGUCCU